CGAGCAACUUCAGUCGUCUUCUUUACCCCUCCCUCUUGGCUUGCCUCCCCGAUCCUCCAAUCCUCCUGUUCCCAACUGAUCCCAGAGAUCACGGUCCCCAUCCAUCUCUCUCCUCUUCCUCUGCUUUUUAUUACUCUUCUCCACUCAUUAGCUUUUGGUUGUUGGUUGGUUGGUUCCCCUCUUGAGAGUUGUGAGACCCCCGAAACCCAACUGGUACAUCAUCCAUCCCCAAGUGGAGAGAGAAGGGGCAAGAACCGAGGAGGCAGGACGCCAGCGGCAGUGGACGCGCCAUCCAUCCCCAAGUGCAGCGGCUGGACGACACCCGAGCCUCCCAAGAUCCAAGAACCGUGAGAUCCGGCCGUCCCCUUCGCUCACCGCCGUCGCCGGCGAAAGCUUAUUCCUUGAUGCAGCCGGGGUGCGGCCUCGAGUUCUUGGGUUCCCGGAGACCGACGUGGUGAUCCGGUCCGCUUCUUGCGGCGCGGUGCUGGCUCGUGUCCAUGGCGCGGACGCGCUUCUUGGGUGAGGGUGAGAAGCAAGAGGAGUUCUUUGACUCGAGGGAGGUCCUGUCGCCGGCGAGUUCGAACCACGACGACGAUGGGUGGCUCUUCGGCGAGAUGCUGCUCGAUGUCUGGGUCAGGGACCCCUGCAGCGUCCACGAGCGUCGUCAGAGGUUCGUAAAGUUCUUGGGCUUCUUGGAUCAGAGCCCCUACGGCGCGCAGCCCGACGAGGAGCCGUGCUCGAGGCCUGAGGCCACCGAAGAGAUCCUCCCGGCCAGCCCCAGUGCCGAGUUGUUCUCAGCUGCCCCUAGUUUUGCGUGUAGGGGAGGGGAGCCGACAGCCUCCGGCGACGGUGGCGGUGGCACGGAGGAGUUGGAGUGCGUCUUCAAGAACCUGGACGAUGGCACAGUGUUUGUGGUCGACGAGAUGGGUAAAGAUGGGAGCUUCCGGAGCCUUAGGGAGAGGCGGUCGAACCGGACGGUGACUGCGGCAGAAUUCGAGCAGACCUUUGGCUCAUCACCUUUCAUCCGUGAGCUGAUGCGGCGGGUGGACGAUUCGGAUGAGCCCUUCACCCCGGAGAAGACAGUGAUGAGGAGGAGAAGGAGGAGGCUUGGAUGGCUGCGAAGGCUGGGCAUUGGUGCUUGUGUUGUAGAUGCUGAGGAAGACGACGAGAUGAAUUCGACAUUCUCCAGUUCUUGCCGGAGUUGCUCUGGGAAGGUUGAUCGGGUCAAGGUGAGGCCACACAAGAAGCGGUCAAAGGAAUUAUCCGCGGUGUACAAGGGCCAAGUCAUCAAGGCACAUGAAGGCGCAAUUGUGACCAUGAAGUUUAGCUGUGAUGGUCAGUAUUUGGCCACUGGAGGUGAGGAUGGGGUUGUGCGCGUGUGGCGGGUGAUGGAAGGCGAGAGGCCUGAUGAUCGUGAUUUUGCUGAGGAUGAUCCUUCGUGUGUGUUCUUCACAGUCAAUGAAAACUCUGAAUUGGCUCCCAUCAAUUUGUGCGAAGGGGGUAAGGGCAAGCAUAACAAGAGUUCAAAGGGGGCUGCAGAUCCAGCUUGUGUUGUGAUUCCUCACCGGACCUUUGCGCUAUCUGAGGAUCCUGUGCAUGUAUUCCAUGGGCAUGAUGAUGUUAUCUUGGAUCUUUCAUGGUCCAAGAAUAGGGAAUUACUUUCUGCAUCCAUGGACAAAACUGUUCGAUUGUGGAAGGUUGGGUGCAAUAGUUGUCUGAAGGUUUUCUGCCAUAAUAACUAUGUGACAUGCAUUCAGUUUAAACCUACCAAUGACAAAUAUUUCAUCAGUGGUUGUAUCGAUGGGAUGGUUCGUAUUUGGGAUGUUCCUAGAUGCCAAGUUGUGGACUGGGCUGACUGCAAAGAGAUAGUCACUGCAGUUUGUUACCGCCCUGAUGGAAAGGGUGCAGUGGUUGGGACGAUAACUGGAACUUGCCGCUACUAUGAUGCGUCAGAGAAUCAUCUAGAGCUGGAAUCUCAAGUCCCCCUGUACGGCAGAAAGAAAUCUCCACUUAAAAGAAUAAUUGGUUUCCAGUAUUGUCCAUCUGAUCCAAAGAAACUGAUGGUGACAUCUGGUGACUCACAAGUUCGCAUUCUUGAUGGGGUUCAUGUGGUUUCCAACUACAAAGGGUUGCGCAAUUCGAGUCAAGUUGCUGCAUCAUUCACACCAGAUGGAGAUCACAUUAUUUCUGCUAGUGAUGACUCCAGUAUCUAUAUGUGGAAUUAUGCAAACCAAAUUGCCCCAGUCACAAGCCAUGUAAAGACCGUAUGGUCAUAUGAGCGAUUCUUCUGCAAUGACAUUUCUGUUGCAAUAACAUGGAAUGCUUCACCUGCAAGGAGUUCUAUUUCUCUAGCCUGCAAUAUGCCUUCUUCAAAGCAAGGGGUCUCGGAUGACUUUCGCAACUUGCAAGACACUACGUCAUACUGCCAUGCUGAAGAUUCGCUUGAUGGUGAUAACUUGUACCAAUUGCCAUCUGGCAAUUUCAUUCUUAGCAGUGCAUUCUUUGCAGAGUCUGCACCAAGGGGAACGGCAACAUGGCCAGAAGAGCAGCUGCCAUCCAAUUCAGUGACGCCGUCAUCCACCUUGUGUAAAUCUCAGUACAAGUUCCUGAAGGCUUCUUGCCAGAGUGCCGCCACACAUGCUUGGGGUCAGGUCAUAGUCACUGCAGGUUGGGAUGGUCACAUCAGGUCAUUCCAGAAUUAUGGUUUACCUGUGCAAGUGUGACAUGAUACAUGACAUGCAUCUUUUCACCUUUGCUUGAUCAGUGGAUAUCCUAGAAAUGGCAGCUCACAAGUCCAUUGCAAAAACUUUGAUGGCCUCAGAAGCUUUGUUGGCUGAAGUUGACGCUCGUCCAGAUUAUGAUUAUAGUACAAAGAGUCACAUGGUUGGUGCUUGUGCUUAAUUGCUUGCGGACCAAAGUUGUAUGUAAGUCCUGUGGUCCUCCAAGAUCUCGACAGCAUCGAUACAUUGUGGCUGGCCCAGGGAAAAUGGCUCGCCACACAGAUUUGUGCAAUGAGAGUGGGGGUUAGGGCAGCAAUACUUUCAUGUUGUUUCUUUUCUUUGUUUUGGCUCCUUUUGGGGCCCUUCGAUAUAGAGGAUGGACAUAUUUUUGUUGAAUUCCCCUUGCCCUGAUCUGAUGGUGUACAAGGCGAGCAGGGAGGUAGAGUUCACUGUUGGAUAGGAAAAUUUAGUUCGGGGGUGCACAUAUUGGAUUCAUUUCAUUUGUUUA